AAUGUUCCAGCUAGUCUGGUGAUGUUUGGACCAGCUGUCAUGUGAUUUCGUAUCAUCAACAAAACCACGUGACCAGCAAUGAGGAAGUCCAUUCGGAGGGGAAGGAUGAUGGGAGCGCAGUCACCGUAGCCUCUUCUUUUUCGUCAGAUUUCGAGGCUUUAACAUGGCUCACGCGCUGACUCUUCUGUGUUUAAACGUGCUGCUGGUUGUUCCUGUAGCAGCUCAGUUCACUAACAAUGGACAGCAGCGGUGGCCCGUUCCCUACAGACGGUUUGGUCGUCGCCCUCCCAUUGACUCGUACUGUGAAGCCGUCUACCCGUUCUGUCCCACCGGAGACCGGGAUGGACGCGUUCCCUCCGUGAGAGACAGCGACGUCAUCUCAGUUUACCGACUGCAGACACCUGUGUGGGAAUUCAAGUAUGGAGAUCUGCUGGGGAAAGUUCACAUCAUGCACGAUGCCGUUGGGUUCAGCAGUUCAGAAUCAGGCGCCAACUACACCAUGGAGUGGUAUGAGCUGUUUCAGCUGGGUAACUGCACCUUCCCUCAUGUCAGGCCCGAGGUGUUCGCACCUUUCUGGUGCAACCAGGGAGCCGCCUGCUUCUUUGAGGGGAUCGAUGACGUACACUGGUCACAAAACGGCACCUUGGAGAAAAUCGGAGAACUCACAGGGAGCCAGUUCAAUGACAUGGCCCAGUGGGUCCAGGACGACAACAACACCGGGAUCUACUACGAGACGUGGACAGUUCGCUCCGACCCCGGCCCCAACGCCACAGUGUGGUUCGAGUCUUACGACUGCUCCCAGUUUGUCCACCGCACGUACCGGAAGCUGACUGAGCUGGGAGCCAAACUAUCCAGCAGAUCCCAAACCAACUACACCAAGAUCUACCUGUACAGCGGAGAGCCCACCUACCUCGGCAACGACAGCGCCAUAUUCGGACAGCCCGCCCUGAAGAAUCUGGCAGUGGACAUCCGUAACUUCUACCACACAUUCAGACCACACCAGUCGUUCGCCGACUUUGCCGUCAGUCUGCUGGAGGCUUAUGAAAAGGUUGUGUUGGACAAGAGCUUCUACCUCUACUACAACUUUGAGUACUGGCAUCUGCCGAUGAAGCCUCCCUAUGUGCGGAUUACAUAUGAAGAGGUGCCUUUGCCUUAACAAAAAACUUUUAAUGUGUUUCUGCAAAUUAUUUUCAUUAAUGGUAAAUCUGUUUUUAUUUCAAAUAUAUUAAUAAGAAACUGAGAUAAGCAGCACAAAUCUUCAUGUUGAAGAAUUUGAAAAGUUGUCGAUCAAAGAAUCCUUGAGGUAAUGCCUUUCAUUACUCAUAACAUUUACAAAGCUAUUCAUUAAUAUUUUACUUCCAUUUGUCAGAUUGCAGUCUUCUUCCGGCCUUUGUUGGUGCGUUGCACGAGGACUUCUUCUGAGUGCUCAGAAAAACAUGGAAAUUUAGAAUUCCAUGACAACUGCCCAAACUGAUGAAGAUCAUGCGAUAUGAACAGAAGUUCAUAAAAGCUACUAAAUACUUUUUAAGAGUCUAAAUCUAUCUAGUGUACUUGUUUUUCGGUCUUUUUGUUUCAAUAAUAGCCCAAUUUCUACUUGUGCAUUUAAUUUAACUAAUUCAAAUGACUGCAGUGUUUGGAAAAUAAUAAAACGGAUGGAAAGAGUA